UUAAUACGAAUAUUUACAUUCGAUUUUUCCAAAAGUUGUUUGCGUUUUAUUGUAUAUUGCCUUGAAAAAAUGAGCUGUAUUUUAAUUUUUAAGUGUUCCGUACAUUUGGAAAUGGAAUAUUCAAAUUUCAUGAGAACUUAUUGAAAACGAAUAAAAACUGUUUCAUAACCUAUAAAAAUAUAUUUAAAGUUCCAUAAUUACUGUGUGAAUUAUUUACUAUCAAUCAAUAUUAAUAUGUAAAUAAUUUUUUUUUGUAAUAUAUAAGUUUAAAACAUUGUUUAAAAAUGUCAACUGAAGUGUUAAGUUCUUUUACGGCAUUACAAAAUGAAUUGAAUCAAGCCAAAACCAGCCUGAAGGAUUACGAUGAUAAUAUCAAACGUUUAAUUGGGCGAGAUCCUUCUGAAUCAGUAUCACGUAAUUCAAAAAGACCAACUCCAUCACAGAAUGAUGAGUUUCGAUCUCGAUAUGAUAAUUCAAAUCGAUUUCAACAAGAUAAUUCAUUUUCACGGCAACAACGAAAUCAAUUUGCUUCAAAUCGUAACCAACAGAAUUUCGAUUCGGAUAUGGAACCACCUUCGAAAAAACGAUCCGUGGAUUCGUCAGUAUUUAAACGAUUGGAUAAACCGCGACAAAGUGCAGAUGAUGACUAUCCAAAUAAACCACAAAUGCAUAGCCGAGUGAUUGUAACACCCCGUGAAGUACCCAGUCGUCAGGAUGCCUUAAAAGCACAAGAUCGUGAUGAAAAAUCAAAAGCUCGUAAUCGCCGAAUGUUUGGUGCGCUGUUAGGUACCUUACAGAAAUUUCGACAGGAAGAAACUAAAUUAAAAACAAAGGAAGAAAAAAGAGCUCAAGUGGAAAAGAAAUUAGAAGAACAAGAAGUUCAAGAAAAAGCAAAAAUAAAAAAGGAACGUUAUGAAUUAUUUUUAGGCCGAAAGAAAAAGCAACAAGAAAUACGGAUAAUAGAACAAAAAAUGUUGCGUAUAAAAGAACAUGCUUUUUGGGAGGAACAACAUAAACCUUUGGUUCAUUUUAUUCGUACAUCAGCCAAACCACAUAUAUUUUAUUUACCACGACGAAUGACAACGAAAACAAAAGAAAAAUUGGCAGAGAGUAGAAAAAAUAUUGAAAAAUUAAUCGAUGAAAAGAAAACACAAUUAGCGCAGGAAUUAGAGUCUAUUGAAAAUCGUUUUAAGAAAGAUCCUGAUCAACAUAAAGAUUUCGAAGAUGGUGAAACUGAAGAGCACGAUGAAGAAAUGGACAUGGAACAUGAAGAAUCCAUGGAACAACAACCAUCUGAAAAUACUGAGGAAUUACAGCAACAAGAAACAGAAACGUCGAUAGCACCAAUUACUAUUAAGUCAGAAAAAUCAACUGAUGAGAGUCAUAGUAUUUCUAGUGAAAGUGUGAUUGAAAAUAAAACUAUUGAGAAAGUGGAAACUGAUAAACUUGAAGAGGAUUUAAAUGCCAGUGAUAAUAUUAAAAAUGAUGAACCCGAUAUCAUAAAAACGCAGGACCAAAAAAUUGAUGAAAUCAUUCCACCACCAACAAUUUCUGAAAAUGAUGAACGUGAACAAAAUAUUUAGUUUUAUAAUUUUUAAUCAGUUCGGUGGCAAACUUUUAAUAGUUUUCCCCUAUGCAGUUGGAAAACUUUAAUACAGGGUUUUGUCUUAUAUUCUUCGAUCGUUUUAUUCACUGUAAAAGUAAGUCCACCAGAUACUUUUUGUCGUUUAUUUAAUUGUAAU